AUGGGCGUCGUGAUCUCCAAAACCGCUCUUUCUCCCUUCUCCCUCGUGACAGGCGUGAUCGGUCUCGUCUCGUUCGUCUUCACCCUCGGAACGUUCUUCAAAGUUGUCUGGGUGAAUCUCGAAACGAUGUCCGAAGCUCCCCACGAGAUCCAUGGAUACCUGACGGGGUUACGGACGGAAUUGCUUGAGGAGAAAGCGAGUAUACGAAUCAUGCGUAAACAAGCGAAACAAUACCAUCGGUCGAUACGGAAAGAUGAGAGGGAGAGUUUUCUGGGCAUUGAGUUGGAUGAUGUGACGUUGAAGACGAUGGGUGAUCAGGUCAGGUCUUUGAUUAAGAAGUUCAAAGAGUUGGAGAAACCUUUUCUCGCGCCGGGGAGUGAAGGGAUUGGGGAUUGGAAGGAUCACAGGAAUCGCAGGAGGAGGGAUUCCUCCGUCUCGCCAUACGAGCAUUCAGCAUACGCGAGUCCGCCGGAGAAAGGGCAGGGUAAUGGGAGAGAAAGAGGGCGGAGGAUCGCCGAAGACGACGACGAUAUUUUCUGGGCGCAGAGGACGCAGUAUGCCAAGUUUACGCUCAGGAGGAGGUUCCAGUGGUUGGCGAGGAAGGCCGAGGCGCAGAAUCUGUUUGAGACGUUGAGUCGGGUGCAGAUUCGACGGAUUGCGAGGCAGGUCGGGGGGAUGAGUUGGUUGAUGCAUGAGUAUGGGGGGAAGACUUGUGAGAUGGAGGAGGUGAUGAGGAGGAUUGAUGAGAGGACGAGUCGGAUUGUUGGCGUGAGGAGGGUGGAGUGA